CGCAAAUUGCGCAGUCCUUUCAAUCGACCUCGUCUCCUAUAACUCACACAUCCAAUCUUCACAGGUACAAUUUUCUCCUUUCUCAAACAUAUCUCAUAGCUCACUCGGCCUCCAAACUCUUACCCAUCCACAGUCUCUAAUGAAUGCUCUUGAGUCUCAACUAACUCCCAAAAUGAACACUCAUCACAUCUUUUGUUUGUCUUCUUUAGAAUGUUAUGUCUUGUGGGUAGUGUGUUUCUUAUUCAUCUUCAAGUAAGCACUUUAACCUUAAGGGGUAUCUGGAGAUUCCAGAUUCUAUCCCAGGCUAUUGGCUCUUUCAACUUUUUCCCUUAUGGGAUAAUACUUUACUUUAGGGGUGACUAUACGGUUCGGUCCGAUUAAAUUGGACCAAAUUGAUCCGGUCUCAGUUCGGUCUUUUCGGGAAUAUAAGGACCAAAGAUUGGAUUGGAUACAGUCCGGUCUUGAUCCGGUCUGGUCCCAAUUUUAUCUUGAUUUUAGGUGUUGGGGGUCUCUUAUCCGGUAUUUAUCCGGUUUUUUUACCUCAAAUCUAAGACUGAAUAUGAGAUUGCAUUGUUUGCUAUCCAGUCCCAGUCCGGUCCCGAUCCGGGUUAUACGGUCCGGUUUCGAAUAAAACCAAACAUUCCGGGACCAAAUAGCCAGCCUACUUUACUUUAACACCUUGACACACCAAUGAAUUAGGAUUCUCAAUCAUAUUUCAUAUCUGCUUAUUUUUUAAAGACGCAAUUCACGAAAAUACAUGUCUCCUUCCUUUUUCUUCUUCUUCUUCUUCUUCUUUUGGCAUGUUUCUUCUCACUUAAGCAGUUAAGCUAGUGUGUCCUACGCACCUUGUUUGACUAACUACAGAAAUGGUGAAGAAAGAAGAUGGAAGAAGAAAACAACUAAUCCUCUAAUUAAAUGAUCAUUUCCUUAAUUUAACUAUUAGAUCUAUUAACUUUGAUCUAAGAGUUAAAAGCAAUUUAGUCUUCAUUAAGCACCCUCUUAAUUAUAGGAUGUGCUCCCGUAUUUCAUAAUUAAUAAUUAAUCUUUGAUUAUUUAUUGACUUCAUCGAUAUGAAAUGAGUCACAAUUCAAAUAAGUCCAUUUGCUUCAGCCCUGAAAACAAUCAAUCCAGCAUGAGCUACAUGAACUCCCAGCCAUUUAUCGGAUAAAUUGAUAAGUGGGAAAUUACUAUGAAUCAUCCGUUUGACACCAAUAAAACCUUAUACUUUUUUUUUUUUUUUGAAGCUCAAUAAAACCUUAUACUAGUCUGGCUUUUGUGUACGUUUUUCCAAUCUGGUUUUAUAUGAUUUUGCAAACCCAGCGAGUAGUCAAAGACUAAUCGGACUUUUCUUCUUCUUCAUGAAUUACGACCACUGGCCAAUGACAAAGUGACACGAUAAGAUUCGUUUGCUCAUUCACAAGAGGAUAAAAUGCGUCCUCUGUCUCUGCGCCAUUGACAGAAGCUCGCCACAAAAGCCAACACCAUUCCAUACCACCACCAUCCACUUCCUUCCACGAUCACUUUUCCUCUAGCUUCCUCCUCCUCCCCAUAUAACCCACCAAUCCAUUACCAAGUCCCCGCCUUUCUACAUUCCUUAUUUGAAUCCCACAUCACAGUUCUUUAAGGAAAUGGCAGAGCAAGAAACAGAGCAGCAGCAGCAGCAGCAAUUGAUCUUGAUUCCACUCCCAGCCGCCGGCCACCUCGCAUCAAUGGUGGAACUCGCCAAGCUGCUCGUCCACCGCCACUCCACCCUCGUCGUCUCCAUCCCCAUCAUCACCUCCCCCUCCACAGCCGCCGCCGUCACCCGCUACACCGACUCACUCGUCCAAACCCCGCGCGUCAACCUCCUCCGACUCCACAACGACGACGAAGACCAGUCAGUUCCGGGGGCUAUCUUCUCGAUGAUCCAAAAUCAAAAGCCCCGAGUCAGAGAAGCCGUCUCCGCCCAGCUCGCUGGCUCCGGGGCCCGGCUCGCGGGCUUCGUCCUCGACAUGCUCUGCACCUCCAUGGUGGAAGUGGCAGAGGAAUUCAGCGUCCCCUCGUAUGUUUACUUCACCUCCGGCGCCGCUUUCCUCGGCCUCUGGCUCCACGUUCAGGAAUUGCACGACAAUGAGGGGUUUGAGUUUAGCGAGUUCAAGGAAACCGAGUUGGCUUCCCCGGGUUCGUCCCACUCUGUUCCAAUCAAGGUCAUCCCUUCGAGCUUUCUCAACAAGGAAUGGACGGCCACAGUGCACGGGAUGGCGAGAGGUAUGAGGAGAACCCAGGGUAUUUUGGUCAAUACGGUGAGGGAGUUGGAGUCGUAUGCGCUCGAGUCUCUCUCCGGUGGGAUGAACAUCCCCAAGGUGUAUCCGGUCGGACCAAUUCUGAACCUGAAGGGCGAAGAGUCGUCGAAGGAUGAAGAGGCGAUCGAAUGGUUGGACCAGCAACCAGAGUCGUCGGUGGUGUUCCUCUGCUUCGGGAGCAUGGGAGCCUUCCGUGGGGAGCAGGUGAAAGAGAUCGCCUGCGCGCUGGAAGGAAGCGGGCAGAGAUUUUUAUGGUCCCUACGUCGACCUGGAGAAGGUGGGGCGUGGCCUAGCCCGACGGAUUAUGAGGAUGUCAGAGAGGUUUUGCCGGAAGGGUUUCUCGACCGGACGGCGGAGAUAGGAAGGGUGAUGGGAUGGGCGCCACAGGCGGUUGUUCUGGCUCAUAAAUCCAUCGGAGGGUUCGUAUCGCACUGUGGGUGGAAUUCGACGUUGGAGAGCGUGUGGUUUGGCGUGCCGAUGGCUACAUGGCCGAUGUAUGCAGAGCAACAGUUCAACGCCUUCUUGUUGGUAAAGGAGCUGGAGAUAGCUACGGAGGUCAGGAUGGAUUAUCGGAGCGAGAGUGGGGAGAUCGUUUCAGCGGAGGAGCUCCAGAGAGGAAUCAGAAGCUUGAUGGAGGAUUGCUCGAGGAAGGAGACAAUGAAGGAAUUCAGGGAUCGAGUCAGGGGUGCAUUGAUGGAUGGCGGAUCUUCUUCGUCUUCAAUUGCCGAAUUUGUUAGAGAUGUGAGUACUCACAAUAUGUGAUCCUACUAUAGGGUCUGGCAAUCAUAUGUUCUAUCAUGAUUUGUCCCUUCCGUCCUUUUACUACAUUCCUCGUUCAUUUAUGAAAUGCUUUUUCAAUUAAAUAUGGACGUUCUUUUUAUAAAUAAUAUAUAAGAAUGAGUCGACCCGUUCGGCCCGUACUCGCAUAGGUAUUAUCCGACCUUAUCUAAACUUAGUGUGGAAUGAGUUUGGAUAUUGAGGUAACCGCCCCAUUGCAAUCGUUAAUUCAAAAAUGUUCGAUGUAUUAUACCAUAGCCUUUCUAUAUGGUACUUAUCGAUAAAAAAAAGUGGUAUUUGUUUUAUAAUGAUAAAAUUGAAAUUAAUAUUAUUUCUUUCAGUAUUACUCAUAAUUUAUUCUUAUAAUGGUCACUAAAUAAAUAAUGUAAGAUUGA